GUGAGGAUUACCCAGUUUGAGGGCUGAAAAAAGGAUACUGUAGCGUGGGUGCUAAUUUUGACUCAGGGCAGAACUGAAGACAUGGGCUCCGUUUCUAACCAGGAAUUCCCAGGAGUGUGUAAGACCGAGGAGGAUGAGGGACCGAGCACCGAGGAGGAUUCGCAGUCCUUCCACGGGGUCGGCAUCUGUAAAUGGUUCAACGUCCGCAUGGGCUUCGGGUUCCUGUCCAUGACCGACCGAGAGGGAGUGCCACUGGAUGAACCGGUCGACGUGUUUGUCCACCAGAGCAAGUUGCACAUGGAGGGCUUCCGCAGCCUGAAGGAGGGCGAGGCAGCCGAGUUUACCUUCAAGAAGUCAUCAAAGGGCCUCGAGUCGCAGAAAGUCACUGGACCAGGUGGCAUCCACUGUGUGGGCAGUGAAAGGAGACCCAAAGGCAAGAAGGUGCAGAAGCGACGCUCAAAGGGAGACAGGUGCUACAACUGUGGCGGCCUGGACCACCACGCCAAAGAGUGCAAGUUACCACCCCAGCCCAAGAAGUGCCAUUUCUGCCAGAGCAUCGACCACAUGGUUGCCAACUGCCCAAUCAAAGCACAACAGUCCUCGCCGGGUUCUCAGGGGAAACCGUCCCCAUUGAAAGGAGACGAGGAGCUCAGCCAUACGGCACCGCCUCCCGAGACCUCCGAUUAAGCCGGGGAACACUGACGCCGGGGGAAGCACAGAGGCCAAUCAAACUGCUUUGAUGGAGAGACGGGACACAUGGAUCCCCUUCCACCUGUCGAAGCUGCUUUUGGAACUACCUCAGGUCUAAGAAAAAUAAUAAUAAUUACUGAUGAAGAAUGUUGCUGAAGUUUUUUUGUUUGUUAGUUUUUCAGUUGGUGUAACACACACUCAGGGAUACUGCUGUAUUAUUGCACUCAGGACGCUUUCUACAUGUUAAAAUCACUGCUGUUGCUUGAGGGUUUUACGAUUGUAGUGAGCAAUGCCAUAUAACGGGUUAUCGUGAUGAGUUUUUGUAGAAUUCUUUAAUUUUAAUUUUUUAUAUGUGAUAUUGUGCCUCUCCUGUGGGCACUACUAUACCUCUUCUGUUUGUGUGAAAUAUUCAGUGUGUUUAGUAGAGUUACACUUUUGCUGCCUUACCAUUUAGUCUCCUUCCUGACUGUUACACCUCAGCAUCCAACAGAGACGAAACAGUGGGUACCUCUGCAUUGAAUGUUGGGGAAGGGGAGGGUUUGGGAAAACACAUGGGACGGGUUUUAGGGUAUAGCUAUAGGCCAUGUAUUGGCAUCUGCCAAUAUUGCAAUUGACCAUCCAGUUUUCCUGGGGCCAAAUGAAUGUCAGCCCAGAAGUGGUUUUCAGCUUUUGGUCAGAGUUACUUCUUUUCUUUUUUUUUGUCAAUUCAUAAUUUUCAUCCAGCGUUUUGCUGGCUGUCUAAAGGUGCACGGUCUACCUCAUGGUGCUUGUUUGGUCUGCUACCAAAGCUGUCAUUCUAACCGCUGAUGGUAAACCAAAUAUUCUCAGAAUACAGUUUUGGAGAUUGGGAUUUGAAUUGGGAUUAAAUCAAAUCCUCUUUGCACUACAGUAUUUACAAAGCAAUGCAAUUAUGUAAUCACUUAAAGCUAGGGUUGGUUUUGUUCUUUAUAUGUGUUGAAAUUAUCAUAACAUACCGAUAGCAAUCAAUAAAUCAAAUUUGACCAACAUAAGUCUGGUAUCGAUGGCUAUCGCAGGACUAGCCCGUCCAAUCACUUCAUUGUGGCCUAAAUGAAAUGAUUGGACGGCCUGCCUGCUUUCUUUGCUUGUCAACGGAGUCUUCCACGAGCUGCUACCGAUAGCCAAGUAUGCCGUUUACGUUCAUGCUUACAACAAUAAUUUAGUAAGAAUGGCUUUGAAGAGAUGGUCUGUCAGUAUUGCAUACUUAGCGACUUUCUUGCUAGAUGGAGCUUGUGCUGCUGGUUACAUUCAUUAGAUAAGAGUUGGCAACACUGGGCUAGGUUGGAUUAAUCAUUUAUUUAUUUUUUUAAAAAAGGUUCUCUUGCUAGUUUUGAAACAUUACCGACCCUAGCUUUAAAUAGGAGUUUAACACAUCCACACCUUUUUUUUGUAAAUGGUGUAUGUCUGUUUGGAAAAUUAUAGAAAUUGUGCAUUGCAUCCCCUCCAGUUCAGAUGCUGUAAAAGUGCAGGAGGAGGAUGAUGUUUCAAAAGUGUGUCGACCAUCGAACGAGCAGUUCUGAUGGAGCAUACUGGCCAAUUAAAUGUCUUGAACCUCUGACCACACACCAGCUGGAUGUGGUCAGCUGUAUUUAGGUGUGAGGGAAAGCCAGAUUAUUAGACUGGGUGUAGUUACUCUUAGAAGUCUCAAACACAGAGGGCAGCAAAACACAGUCGUUCAGCCUGCUUUAACAUUUCUGGGCCCUUAGUCAACUUUCCACCUGCAGUGUGUUCUUGUGUGAAAUACUGCUGCAUUAUAAUUACCGUAACUUGGAUUUGAUAGAAUUCCAACCAAUGUGACCCCAAUACAUCAUCCCACGUAAUAAUAUACUUGAACUGGACUGAGUUACUGAGGGGUCCAGCUAGCUCUCCUCUUGAUACUUGAAAAAAAACGAGGCAGAAUUAAACAUAAUGUUGCCAGUGGGAAGGCUAGUGUUUUUGUUUUAUAUCCAGUGUGAUCCAUUUCUAGGUAGUUAUUUAAGA